AUGCCUGGAAGCCCUAAGAAAAAGAGAACGAAGUGCAAAGCUACGGACUCUGAUCUCAAGGCGCUUGAAGGGCAAACAGCUCUAGCAAAGAGAGCGCGUGCUCGGGCUAAUGCACCAUCUGCAUCAAUUCUCGAUCAAGGAGCUGAUUCACAGCCUCCUCGACGAUCAGGACGCCCAGGCGCAGGGACAGGAGGUAGGGGAGCUCAACUGGAGAAACUGGGCGAUAUCUUGCAUGCUCCAGUGCGGAUCAGCCAAUCCAAGGGUGCCACCUCCCUUGAUCCGAACGCUCCUGCAAACCCUCUCGCUCCUGAACCGACUCGCAAGGGUCGCGGGAGUCGUUCCAAGAAGAAACAACCCCCUCCGCCAUAUAGCCCUUUGGUGGAACCAGACACCACGACUCUGAAAUCACGCUCGAAGAAAAACAAGGAUACUGUCGUUUCUGCUCCGAGCUUCAAACUCAACCAUCAGCCAAUUUUUUUGCAGUGGGAAGCUGGGGGACGAUACAGAUUUUCGCCACCGAUUGUCCCUGCCGGUACAGAGCCAGAUCUUCAAGCAUUGAACAACUCCUUUGUGGCCGCAGCCAAGAAGGCGCACGCCCUGCCCGAUUCCCAUUCUUCUUUAAGUCAAACUCAUGUUACUGCUCUUAACAUAUCCCAACCUCAGGUUCCUGUCACUACUCAUAGCGUCCAAGAUCCUAUACUUUCCGGGACCAAUUCAUCUGCGAUGCUACCAGAUGUGAAUUUUUACCAGAACUUAGAUCCUGCCCUCCGGCUGCCUGUACCGCAAAGUAUAGAAUCUGAACAGUCUGACACAUCAAAAGAUGAUUCAUCUGGCUUGGAUGAAAGUAGCGGGGACGAGCAAAUUGGUUGGGGAGAAGUUCACGGGCGUCAUAGUACACACCCUGGUUUUCUGAGAGAAUGCUUACCACCUCAACCUCGGGUAGUCACCGCUCUCCCAACAGAUUUCGAAUUUCAGCACUCUCGUGAUGAAGGUGAUGAAGCAGCUGAAAACAUUUUGGGAGUUGUUGAUGAUUUGAGUGAGGAUUCGAGCGAUGAUGGUACAGCGAUGAAUCAAAAGAGUGCUCCCCAGCCGAACGACAUUUUGAAGCUUCAUCACGAAAGAAACGGUCACCCCCAACUUCCUGAUCCUGCUCUCCUGGAGCUUCUCUGUGUUGCUGAGGUCGAUACCUCCAACCCAAAGGCGAAACAGAAACGGAAGCGGACAUCGAAACAUAAAUCGAAGGUGGUCGAUGGAUCCGACAAUGAAGAGCCAAAGGCCACCCAGCUGGGUUGGUAUGGUCCACGCUGGAAGAGUUUUCUCGAGGACGCGAAGGCGGAGUGUCGUACUCAGCAGGCAUUGGAGAACCCUUUCCCAAGCCUUGUUCAUGAUCUGCCAGUUUCAAUCACAGAGUCUCUCUCAGCCUCUCUUGUGCAAUGGCUAAAAAACGGCCAACAAGUUGACGCUGGUGUGUGGCCCGCUCAUAAGCCUGACAUGGCGAGACUGCUGUAUGAUGACUUGGCAACUUGGCGAUCUGAUCUCAAAAAAAUCGUCAUCUCCGUUACGCCUUCAGCAUACAGUCUUUCCCCACCAGUUGACAUUCCCGCUCAAGAGCGUGCAGCUUGGGUUGAGGUCGCCGCCGCAGAAUUACUGGCCGAUGGUAGAUUUCUCCGCCAUGGAGCCAUCAUUCUUUUUUACUAUACUGGGUCUUAUCGCAUUGCUCAUAGGCGACCAGCCAUUUUUCGGAAGGAGGUUCCAUUAAAAUGCCUAGCUCUCGUUUGCACCGCGGGCCUCAAGAAAAACGGCAAUGGCAAGUCUUAUUCAAAAUUUACCUCGAAGGAGUACGAGUCCAUCUAUCAUUCGAUGCUUGAGCUACUUGAUGCUGUCAUGAAAGACCCAUAUCACGGUCCGAAGCUGGUGCAGCAACUCCGUGAAUGGGCCAAGAUUGGAUGGGCAGAAACAUCGAAACUCGACGGCGUUGACACAUCCAAACAUCGCCACCUGCGCGUCCAACUCGAUUGAGUUCUCCCGUCUCCUGGCAGUGUCAAUCGUCACACAUCAUAUUCUUGCGCAUAUACUUUUACCUUUUUGCUCGUUGUCUGCUAGUAUCGUGUUUCGCGCUGAUUGAAUUUAUUGUCGUUUGUUUGCUACUA